CAAGGGAAUAAGGAUCUUAAAGAGAAAACGUGUUCUUUUAGAUAGCAGCAUAUAUACCUCCAUAGGUAGUAGGAAUUUAGGGGGAGGAGCGGCGUCCAAUUCCUCGCGCCCAGCUUCACAUUAUAUUUCCCCUACAUCCGUCUCCUCUAUGGUGUAUAUACGCUUGAGACAGGGUGCAGUUAGCGCCAAACAAUAGACUUUUUGGACCAGUACAACGACUAUUAGUUGACUCUUUGCUUACUUUGCCUCCGCAGCUUCAAAGACAAUAACUAAGAAAGAAGAAACAACAAGAAAGAAAAAGAACUCUACAGACUCAAGUAUGUCUAUUAUCAGAAAUAGCAAACACGAUCACCUACCACUCCCUUCAUCUACCCACCCCACCCCCAUCGCCCAAGCACGCACUCAUAGACAUCAAGCUCACCCAAAAAGCCACCUCAACGGGCCCAACCCACCACUCACCCCAACACCUAUACCUACACCUACACCAACACCAACACCAACUCCACCUCCAACUCCCCCCAAACCCUCCCAUCCCUUUCACACGCACCAAAACCAGGCACGCAGUGCCAACACCCAAAACGCACACAAAGCAAAGCACAUACAUACAGAAAGCACCACAGUAGCAUUAAACUGCCCCAAGCACUCAAUUUCUCGCUCGCGGGCGCGCGUGUGCGUGUGCGUGUGCGUGUGUGUUCUACCAUCUACGCACACCCCCGCCCAGCGAAAAAGCGGCGAGGCCACUCGCCUACGUAGCAGCAGCAGUAGUAGCAGCAGCAGCCGCUGAAAAGAAGGAGGAGAAAGGAGGAGAAGGAGGUGGACGAACGUGGAAGAGGGCGAAGAAAGACGAAGGACGAAAGACGGAGAACGACGAGCCGCGUGUGCCGAGG